AUGCGCACGUUGUUCAAUCGGUUUUAUGAGCUUUUUUCUUGGCCAAAAAAACUUCCUGAUCUCAUUGAAUUGGUGUCGCAGGGUGUUGGUGAAGUUGUAACAUUAAACGUUAAAAGUGGUGAAAUUAUCCAAGGUCGAAUCCAUUGCAUUAAUACCACUGAGCGGAAUGGCAAACCGUCGGGAGAAGCCGCGAGAGACAUUCCUAUCAGUGAGAUUAUUUCGUUUAAAGUUCUGAGAAUUCCGGGGGAAACGGAUAGUGAACAGGAGGUAAAUGAAUCAAUUGAAGCGCAAAAAGACAAUGUGAAAAUUACGAAAAGUACGGGUAAAACUUCAGCUAGAACGGACACUGAUGCUGAAUUCCGAGCUGUUUCGUCGACAAGUAGCCAUUCAGUGGCUUCAAAAGGCAAAUUUACCGUUGGUCCUUGCGGUGAUGCACCCGCAGCGGUUGCAGUGCAAUCGCCCGGAUUGCCCAAAAAUGUCAAAAAUGAGCCAACUGAAAUUUGCGCUGAUAACCACGAAAAAGCAUCUGGAGAUAACGCGACAGCAGCUGUAGCAGCAGCUAACUCGUCUUCUGAUAAUAAGCCAUCGUCUUCAUCAUCGCAAUCAUCUGGCAGUGUCAGUAGUUUAUCACCAAAAGAAACACACACGAAGUCCGAUCGCUGGCACUCGGAUGAUCGUGGAGUGACCAAUCGAGGAUUCUAUGGACCGCUCAAAGGUGCACGGACAUCGAAUAAAAAGUGGAAAGGUUUGUUUAUUGGCAAAGAUUGA